CCCCUAACACACCUCUUCACAAUGUCGAGGGAGAUACACCACAUCGCUCACAGGAAGCACCCCCUGGUGCUCCGCGACACCGGCAGCAGCUUCCGCUGCGACGGCUGCGGCUGCCUCGGCGUAGGCUCCCACUACCGCUGCGACCUCUGCGACUUCGACAUGCACGAGUUCUGCGCGACCUGCCCGCCGGCCUCGACCUUCGCCUUCCAUGUCCAGCACCCUCUCACCUUCGACCGAGCCGGGUUCCUGGAUGGCUCGGUUACAUGCAGCAUGUGCGAGGAGCCCAUCAAGGGCAUGAACUACAGCUGCUGGGGGUGCGACGUCUGCGUGCACCCUAUCUGCUCUCAGCUGCCACCCACGGCCGUGUCGCCCAUGCACAUGGCGCACACCUUCGUGCUCGCCGUGGGCGCGCCGGUCGAAUGCACGCUCUGUCGCACCAGCUGCCAUGGGCGCUACCAGUGCCUUCCCUGCAACAUCAACUUGCACCCCAAGUGCUUGUUCGGGACUGUCCCGACGCCCGUGACUGUCCCGACGCCGGUUUACAUCCCCAACGACGUCGAUGCCCUCGACAAAAUCGUCAGACGUGUGACACUCCUCAAUUUAAUUUGAUUGUUCAAGAAGUGACAUUGCCUGCCCAACACUCUAAUGUCGUUACCUUGCCUGUCUUGUCUUUGAUUUUCCUUGUUGUAUUAAUAAUAGAGUCAUGCAAGGGAACCUCUCAAUUCAUGCAUUUUUUGUAUGUCUACUUCUGUGCAAAUCAAAAGUGUCAUGCUAUCAAAACU